AUGCACAUAGUACACAAAGUGUAUAUCCCAUUUACAUUUUAUUCUUCACUCCUGACCGUGGCCAGGGAGGCAGAGCCUUCCCCCGCCACGGCAGACCCUGCGGGAGCAGCCCCAAGCCCGCCAGGCCCAGCCGCCAUCUCGCCCUCCAUCCCAGCAGCCCCCGCGCUCCUCGGCCCGUCAUUCCCUUCGCCUUUCCCGGGGCCCCGCAGGACCAUCGCUCCCCAGGGCCGUUACUCGGCGCCGUUUGUCCCCCCAGCUCCGCCCGCGCUGCCCCCGCCUCAUCGGUGCCCCGGGCCGGGCUGGUGCGGGCACAGCACACCGACCCCCCCCCACGGGCCUGCCGGAGGGGCCGCGCGCCCCGGCCAGCGCCGCUCAGGCCGCGCUGUCUGA